UACUACUAGUAACGGUUUAUUCAGUAUUGCUAGUCAUUGUUUGUAUUGGACCAUUCAGGCUCACUCCAAAUAUUCAUCUAUGAACUAAUCGUGCAAGUUUCCUUUAAUAAUGAUAAUUUCUUUAUGGAAGAGCAUAUGCUUGGGCAUGUUGGUAAUCCGUAGUAACAACUUCUUUUAGCGCACAAAGUGAAGCACAGGACUGAAAGGUGUCCGCGUCAAUCCUUUCUGUCCUGUGUUUUACUUUGUGCUCUAAAAGAAGUUGUUUCUUUAUGGACUUUAGCAGAAUACAAGAGCUGGCCUGCCCAAGCCGCAACGGCUUAUGGAGCAGCACUUGGCAGCUGGCAGCACCACCAUUUAGCCAGGGGGUGGCACAGGGGAUAUGAUCCCUGCCCUCCAAAAUUUCUGUGUUCGUAUGCAGCCUUCCAAGCACCGCUUCCCCUUUCUGCCCCUCCUCGUCCCUGGUCAAGUGGAUGCCAUACCUAAAAAAAUUUCUGGCUAUGCCCCUGUUGGGCAUCACUCAUAUACAGAAAUAUAAGGAGGAAUAGAAAAAUACUAAAAAGGCAAGAGAAACAGCAUUAUCAAAAAAAAAAAAAAGACUCGAGCAAUAUACAUUUUCCACGACAAUACUCUUUGUGGCGCUUUGUUAGAACAGCAGGCACAUGGUCCUUUUGAGACGAUUGAUUGAUUGGCUAUCUCGCAACCACCAAGACCGUGUGUGUGCAUUCUGUUAUGUGCAGGGAGUGAUGGUGGUGCACAUGGCCAGUGGGGGCCCUGGGGACACAGAAGCCGUGCUGCUGCCAUUCACCCACCAGGUGGGGGGACACAGCCGCAUGUUGCUGCUGGACCCAGGCACCCUGUGCAAGCCGCUCAUUCCAAGGGAGCUCCACUUCUACCUGCACGUGCCGCGUGAGAUGCGACCCUUCGUGCCCAGCUACAAGGGCGUCAUCCAGGUGCACCACGGGCACGCCAGCGAGGAUGAGGACGACGAGGAUGACGAGUCGUGGUGCCAGGGGAAGCCGUCCGGGAGUGAAGCCUCGCAACUCAGGGUGCAAAUAUGCAGCUGCAACGAGGAACGCCUGUUGCUGCGCGAGUCUUCAUCAUGGAGUGGAAGUCAAUACCUGUUGUUGCUGGAGAAUGUUGUGUCGCACUUCCGCCGGCCAUGCAUUCUGGACUUGAAGAUGGGCACACGGCAGCACGGUGACGAUGCCUCGGAGGAGAAACGCCAUCGCCAGAUGGCCAAAUGCGCUGCCAGCACUUCUGCUUCCUUGGGUGUCCGCAUCUGCGGCAUGCAGGUGUACCAGUCGGGCAGCUUCAUGUGCCGGGACAAGUACUACGGCCGGAGGCUGGACGACCGGGGCCUGCGCCACUGUCUGCGGCAGUUCUUCCACGAUGGCUACAGGCUGCGUGCCGACCUGGUGGCACUGGUCACGCAGCGACUACUUGGGCUGCGCCGUGCCGUCGAGCGCCAGAACUCAUUCCGCUUUUAUUCGUCCUCGCUGCUCGUCAUCUACGAGGGCUCUUCACCAUCUUCUUCCUCGCACGAAGACGACGAGGCCAGUCACUCCAGCAGUACAGCGGGGACUGCGGCCGAGUCUGAAGAGGACGACGCGCCGUCGCCACCACGCGUGGACGUGCGAAUGAUCGACUUUGCACACACUACACACGAGGGCUACGAGGGAGACACCACGCGACACUGCGGGCCGGAUGCGGGGUACCUGCUCGGACUGGACAAUCUGGUGCGGCUGCUGAGCGAGGUGCAGGCGUCGGCCGUCGACACGUAGAUUGGACGCCCCGUGCAUCGUGCCGUUUCGUUGCGCGCCCGCCCUCUAGGAAAGGCGGUGGUGUUACCGUGCCAGUGACUGGUUGAAUUUCAGGAUGCCCCGAGUGUGAGUGAGAAGCAGAGAAACUUGUAUAUACAUAACAGCCCUGCCAGUUUGCCGGCAAGGGGCCUUACCUCACUGCCAGCUUUCACACCUUCGACUGUGGACAGGCUGGGUGGAGGCAUCGCUGACUGUGUUUGGGACAACAACACGUGCGAAAGACUUUUUUUUUCUUUACCUCUGUGCUGUUGUACGUCAUGGAUACUUUGGCGUCGGCACAGCAUGAGUUGUCAGAAAUGUUGUUCUGGCUACCAUUUCAUGGGUACAUGACAAUGUUGACAUUGAGCAUCUUCGCCUCAUUGCUGCUGUUUUUUUUUUUUUCAUUCUUUUUUACCAUGGCAGUAUCAAAAACUGAUGAAAGCCUUGAAUUGUUACUUGUUGAAGAGAAAAGAAAAAAAAGGGGGGGGGGGGGGGUUGCUGAGGUGUUUCCUCUUACACAAGCACUGCCCAAAUCCCACAAUUGUCUUUACCAUACCUGAUGUUACCCCCUCUGUUGGCCUUCUAAGUUCAGUCAUCACUGGUAAUGUAAGCAAUCACUAUUUUCGCAUUGUGUUGGCUUUCUUCCAGAGCACACUGCACAGAUGCUGGUACCUUUGUGGUGAAAGUUGUUGUGGGUCUUUGCUUUAGGCGCCUAGAUCCAGUGGUCUAAUGAGAUGCACUGUGCGAUCGCAGCCCAGCGACAAGACCAGUUGCAUUGUUCUAUGCCUGGUGUAAUGUCAAUGUAAAAAAAAAUAUUGCAGUGCUUGACCUGUAUGUGGUACAUGGAAGUGGAUGACACCGUAUUCUGUAAUUAUGAGCUCUGGUUUAAGGAAGUCUAAAGGUUGCUACGCUGCGAAACCAGCGGACCCUUGUUGGCUGCACCCUUUACAACAUUUGGCUCAUUGUCUUGUGCUUAGCAGGUGCGUACGAAAAGAUAGUCCUUUUCUACAAAGUUCUAAAAUAUUAGGAGUCACAUCAAGCAAGUUCCUUUCAGUCUGAAUACCUGUGCUUAAUGAAAUGAAAGCGUGAGUCACUUUUUUUUUUCUUGUAUAAAAAGAAAACAAAGAGAAAUGGGCAGCAAUAAGCAGUAACCGAUUAAUACACAGUUUUAAUUUGAGCAGGUUACUAGGGUUGCGCAUCUGCACAGUACUUUGUUGGUGUGGCACAUAGCCUAACAGGUAUUUGCUGUUACUAUGGAGGGCAGAGUUAACGUUCCGGUGCUACCUGGUGAUCUAGGUAAACUACGUGCUCCUGUUUUCCAGUCGGUGAAUGUAGCAUAUGUUCGUUUGUGUUAGUUCUUUUGUUAGGUACACGCUGCUUGCACUUGUGAGGUCACCGUUUUCUCUGGUCUCUUGAGGAUCAUAGGGCUGCACAUUGGCAUGUGUACGUGACAUAGUGUCUUUUGGCUCGCUAUUAGCACUGCCCUAAACCCAAGUGCAGCAAAGGGACUCAAAUGAUGGCCUUCUUCCAGCGACAGUUGGCAGUUUUGCUCAAUAGAAUGUGCAGCCAAACAUGUGCAGAAGUGCUGUUUUUGAUUUUGUGGUAAAGUUGCCUGAUGAGGAAGAAUUGUGAGUCACAACGUCUGCGCCACGCUCUGUCUGACGUUCAUUUAGGCACUGCAGCACUGGUUUGAAUAAAAGUGAAAUUGGCAGUGCACUUCCCCGCGGAUUGACUCCUACGCGGCGCAAUUGUCAAUAGUAAAUUGUGUUAUAUUCGGUCACUAUUUCUUUUUGAAAGCAAGGGGACUUUGCCAAGCGACCUUGCCAGUGGGGCACUUUGCACCACAUACUUUGUAUUGCAGAUUUUGCACCUUUAUUCACUUUGCAUCCAUGGUUCAAAAUCUGUCACUCCAGUGAAAAACGUUUGAAGUGAAGACAGUUUCUGCAACUCGGUGUGCCAAAAAUGCGUCCCAAGUUGUCUUUAGAAAUCUUUGUGGCUCUCUCUUCCAAAUUGUUGUGGCCUUUGUUGAACUACACCCACAUUGUGCGUUGCACGAAUACUGCACCACAAUGUUGCCAAUCUUAACGACUGCAGCCCAAACUUGGGUCUUACGACUUCAGUGUGUCACACUUUCACUGCAUUCGCUUUGCAUGCCGGCCGGUUUCCAAACAUUUGUGGAAUUAUGAAGCGUCAUAUUUUGCCUGAGAGACAUGUGUCGUUGCAACCUGGAUGCAAGAUCUGGCACUGUGACCAUUACUUUUGAUGGCAAUAGCAAUCAGAGAAGCCAAAGUCAGGAAAAGAGUGAUGGUGCAGUUGCAGGGGUGUUACACUGGCAUUAUUUUUUCACCCGGGGAGUGUGAGCAGUUGAAAACUUUUGUCAUCCGUGUUGUUGCUGUGAUGCUAGCGAAUUUUCAGUGUGCUGAUGCUUGCCAUUGAGUUGAUGCAGACUGAUAGUGUCUGUGAACUGUGCAAGUGCGAUGCAAUGGCAGCUUUACAAAAUGUGUUAGCAUUGUGCUGGUGAAAAUUACAAAAAGGUUUUACUUGCAAUCUCAAGGGCAGAUGUUGCUCAUUUAAUAUAUAUAUAUAUUUAUGGACCUGUUUUGUCUUUGUUGAGGGCUUCCACUGUGUGGAAACUUGUUUCGUUUUUUUUUCUUGGCUGUGAACUGUUUGGUGUAUUGUGUGGAGUUUGGCAACUUUUUUUUUUCCAUGUUUUUGCUAUCAUCUGUUAAAGUUGUUUACAUUUUUUUUCCCUGGAUUUCUUGUUGUUGUGCUAGUUGCGAGGUGUAGUGUAUUCUCGUGCUGCAAAUUUUGUGUGUUCCUUUAUAUAGUGUUGUGAAGCAGAGAUGUGGAGUGUGCGGACAUUUUGGCCUCGCCCAAGCAAUAGUGCAGCACUGGAUUUUCGUCUCGAAAGCGACAGACUGCCUGGACUAAAAACGUCGCUCCUUCCCUGGACUAUGUCUUGUGUGCACGAUUGCCGACAGCCGGCGAUUGGAAGUUGCAAAAUGAUGGGCCGAACACUAUGCAUAACUCAUGUUGUGGUUGUUGUAUCUCAUUAUAUAGUUUUAAACUAAAUUUGGGAAUACCUC